AUGACUGCGCACAUUUCAUCCACUCAUAACAAGUGUAAACAAUGUGAACAAGGCAUAUCCACUUGUACUGGCUGUAAAAGUGUCUUUUGCAAAAAGCAUUUUAUCGAACAUCGACAACAACUAUCCAUCGAGUUCGAUCACAUCAUCUACGACCACGAUCUUCUUCGACAACAAAUACUCGAGCCAUCCUCAGCACACUCUUCUGACACCAGAACUCGUGCUCUAAACAAGAUCGAUGCAUGGGAAGCAGAUACCAUACAGAGGAUCAGUGAUGCAGCUGAACAAGCUCGACAGAAAGUCCAUCUACUUAUCGAUGCAACCAUUGACGAUGUGAAGCGACAGUUCCAGAAAGUGUCCACUGAAGUGCGAACUGCGAAAGAAGAAGAGAACUAUGUUGAAUCCACACUUGAUCAUUGGAGACAACAGUUGGCACAAAUGAAAGAUCAACUGGAAACAUCGACUGCAACAAUUGUGGUCAAUGGUCGUCAAGUAGAGUGGAGUUCGAUGAUCAGUGUGAGUAGUGAACAAGUGACACACAAAGUUGCAUCAACAAAACCUGCUUCUGAUCUUUUGAACACCAGACCAACUACCACGGUGACUGAAAGUUGCUCUACUUUGUUUAAUGGAGGUGUUGGACUUGAUGUGUCACUUGCUGAGCUUCCUGAUUGGCACAUUAUUUAUGAUCACCCUUACAGUCAUCGGACACAAACUGCAGAAUUACGACAGUUAGCUCAGCAGUAUUCAAAUAAACGCAUUAUUGUUGGAGCUAUUUGUGGAAGAGAGUCAACAACGUUGGCACUGGCUGCCAUGGGUCCAGCUGAUAUUCUGACUUUAGACACCCCAUUGGAUAAGGUAUUCAAGUACCAGAAUGUAUAUUGGUAUUUGACACCUACACGAUUAUUUGGAUUCUCACCAACAUCAAAGACGAAGCGAGUCGUUGGUGUAGACAUAGAAAAGAGCGACGGUGAGAAACGCUUGUCUUGGAGACUUGAUAGGUCUGGUGGUUAUAGAGCAGGGAGUGCAGUGGCUUGUGUAAUGAAUCCGUGCAGAAAUAAUGGAAAAUGUAGUAUUACAUCUGAUGGAAAUUUGAAAUGUACAUGCACACCUGAAUUUACUGGUGCAUAUUGUGAAAAUGAAGAUUAUUGUAGUGAUAAUCCAUGUAAAAAUGGUGGUAAAUGUUUCCCAGAAGGACGUUAUUAUCGAUGUGUAUGUUCUGGAAAAUUUACCGGUGUUACUUGUACAAUACCAUAUUAG